GUGACAUGUUUGGACUCGGUGGUGUGCAUGCGCCAGUGGCAGUAAUGUAAAGGCGUUGGAGGUUGAUCUGGGUGCGUUUCCUCCUGUUCGGAGCAGCGACGCGCGGAGUGGGCUGAGCUACAUGUCAGCGCACUGACGAGAUACGAGCCACUGCGCUACCGACUCGUCGGCUGUGAUGGACGGACGGGAAACCUGAGUCGGUGUAAAUGUGGAUAUACACGAAUGAGUCGGAUGAAUGGUUUACCUGAUGCUUGUUUCAAUCGCUUAUUACUGACACCUCUUAACCGGCGCUGCCACCAUGAAAAUGAGACGGAGAUUUUUACCCAGAUGCUGCUCUUUCUCUCCCUAGUCUGCUAUAAGCUAAGUAAAUGUACUUUAAGGCCAGUACGUAGAAGUUUCUAUGACCCCACUUCAGCACCAGGUCAGGGUUGGCUGUGGGAGUGGGAGAAUGAUGCGGGUUCUUGGACACCAUAUGACAUGGAGGUGUGCAUCGCCCUGCAGGCGGCACGGGAUCGCCAACAGCCAUGGUUGGAUCUGGCACCGCUUGGCUUCUGCUACCUCGUGGACUUUCAAAGUAUGACUCAGAUCAAUCAGCAAACACAGAGGCGCCGCCGCAUCCAGAGACGCUCAGACAUGGCCUAUCCACUCGUCUCUGGGCCAUUGCCGAAAGCCUCCCAAGGUUGGGGUGCUGGGCCUGGAGGGGCAGCUGGUGGUGGAGGCACUUCAGGUGGAGGUUCAACUGGAGCACUUCUGGGAGUUGGAGUUUCUGGAUCUAGCUCAAGUGGAAAUGGUGGUCCACUCUACCCUAGUGGAACACUUUCAAUGUCAUCUCUUUCCCCUCCUGGACAGCCGUGUGCCUGCCAACAGUGCAUGCUUGUCUUGAGUGUGAAAGCAAAUAGCAUGGCAUCACAAACCCUAGGACGAAGACUGCCACCCACAAAAGCACUCAGUCCUAAAUCCAGCCGAGGGACACUUCCAUACUCCUCUACAACCUCAUCCAUAUCAAAUUCAUACUCACAAACACUUCCUCAUGGGCUGUCCUUGAACCGCUCUCUCUCACAAGAGCCCAAGAAUGCUGCUGCUUUUGCUCAGUCUUUGUCCAUGCUCACCUCAAACACUGCCACUCUUUCACUGUCCUCCAAUCGCCCCCCUCCUCCAUCUUUGCCCCCUCCGCCACCUCCACCAGCAUCCCAUCAGCAGUCUUUAUCCAUGCCAAACUGCACCUCAACAACAUCAUCUCCAUCAGUGCCAACUGCAACACUCAUCACUGUGGCUACAAGCAGCACGUCAUGUUCAUCCACAUCAUCAGCAUCAACAGCCGUUCCACCUCAGCGUUCUGCAGCCUGUGCCGCUCCUUUGCCUCCUCGUGCCAGUCUGGCAGGGCUGAGCCGGCCAGCGCUACAAAGAAUUGCUAUGGCACAAUCCCGGGCACUCAUCGCGUCUGGAGUUCCAACAGUGCCAGUGAAGAACCUCAAUGGUUCCAGUCCCAUCCAUCCAGCUUUAGCAGGAAUCACAGGUAUUCUGAUGAGUGCAGCAGGGCUGCCUGUGUGUUUGACUCGUCCUCCUAAACUGGUGCUGCACCCUCCUCCUGUCAGCAAGAGUGACAUCAAACCCAUCCCUGGUCUUGGACACUGUUGCCGGAAAACCACCAAAAAACAGGCUCGCAAAGGCAAGACUCCAGAGGAGGUAGUGAAGAGGUACCUACAGAAAGUCAGGAAUCCUCCUGAAGAGGACUGCACUAUCUGUAUGGAGCCUUUGGCUGGCCCCUCUGGUUAUAAAGGCCCAGGUGUGGGUGCUGUGUCCCGCGCAGAGUCAGUGGGUCGACUGACACAGUGCGGCCAUCAGUACCAUCUGCAGUGCCUUGUAGCCAUGUACAACAAUGGCAACAAAGACGGCAGCUUGCAGUGUCCCACAUGCAAGACGAUCUAUGGUGUGAAGACGGGCAACCAACCACCUGGGAAGAUGGAGUACCACGUCAUUCCUCACUCACUCCCAGGACACCCUGACUGCAAAACUAUUCGCAUAAUAUACAACAUACCCCCUGGCAUACAGGGCUCUGAGCACCCAAACCCAGGAAAACCUUUCACUGCAAGAGGAUUUCCGCGCCACUGCUAUCUUCCAGACAGUGAGAAAGGACGGAAGGUGUUGAGACUUUUAUUGGUAGCAUGGGACAGGAGGCUGAUCUUCUCAGUGGGUACGUCUAGCACCACGGGCGAGUCAGACACAGUCAUCUGGAAUGAGAUCCACCAUAAAACCGAGUUUGGCUCCAACCUUACAGGCCAUGGCUACCCUGACCCCGGCUACCUGGAUAAUGUGUUGGAGGAGCUGAAGGCCCAAGGCAUGACAGAGGAGGAUGGACAGCAGCUGUGAGGAACAGGAAAGAGCAGGGAAAGAGUAUAGAGUUCAAACAAAGGCUGGAGCUAUGAGAAGUGGAUUUAAACCGAGAGGGGGAUAAAUGGACAAUUAGGCUUUUUUGUUGGGUUUUGGGAAAUAGUAUGUUUUGGGAAAAGUUGCUUUUGAGGCACAAAGUGUGUGUGUGUGUGUGUGUGUGUGUGUGUGUGCGUGUGUGUGUGUGUGUGUGGAUGAGUGCACGUAUGUGCAUCCAAGAGUGACUGUGUGUUUGAAUUAAUGACUGAAAGAGGGGGGGGGGAAAGAACACAUCUGAAGUGACAUUUGCUCAAUUAUGCACCAAAUGUUAUACAAAAAUGAAUGAGAGCUGUGUUUUGACUAAAUCAGGUGUUCCUGGCCCUCUAAUUUCUGAUCGACAUUGAUUAAUAAAUAGGCAGCACUAAUACCGAUAGCUAAGAAAAGGGAGCGCUGAAAGAAAGGAAAUGAUAAAGGUUCAGCAACAGAAGGAAAAGAAAGUAUACUGAAUAGAGAGAUUGGAAAUGGAGGGGAAGGUAAACUUGUGGUGGGGAGCCUAAGCAGAAGAAUGAGAAUAAGAAAGGCCAAAGAAUGUAGUUUUAAUCUCAUAAAUUAGGUAUCCGUUUUGUUAGAGCUGUAGUGAAGGUUUGUGUGUGUGUCUGUGUGUGCUUGUGUGAAGGUGAGAGGAAAGCCUUGUGCCCUCAAAUAAUUAUCUUUUCCUUAAAAACAUUCCUUAUGACCAUUUCAUAUGAUUGAGUUAUAUAAUCAGAGACCUGAGUGCUUAACUUGUAUCAUGAUUGCUGUUAUUAUGUAAUACCAUUCCAUGUGUUAGAUUUAUUUCCUAUAAUUUUUAUUGCAUUAUUUUUGUAAGAGUCAUGGAUGAUGAUAUGUGGGUGUGGUUCAGAGUGCUGAGUCUGUUGAACUACCCUGUCACAGAGUUGUAAACACCUACGGUGUAGUUUCUGUAGAAUAAGAGAAUGCUUAGUGUGGACUGAAAAGUGACUGAAAAGAUUUCUGUUGGUGUUUAGUUUAAACAAAAUCAAAUGUCCUUUUCAGUCCAGGUUUACAUGUACUCUUUGUAGCCCUGAUUUCUCCAUAUCAAAUAUAUAUUAGUGCCUCAUUGAGGUGUUGGGUAUGAUUAAAAUGUCCUGACUUUUCAUAGUGAUAGAGUUUUAAAGGACAAAUCUGAUUAUGGUACAGCACAUUCAGAUUAAUGGAAGUAAAGGCCACUUGCAAUUUUAAGAGGAGCUGGAGGAUUUUAAUAUGUUUAGUAUUGGUAUAGUACAAGAGUGCUAGUACAAAGAGGUUAAUAUUGAACAGGUUAUGAGGAAAGAAUGGAAGGUCAAGCAGCAGUUUGGAAUUUAAAUAUCAAUAGAUAGGUGUUCAAAACAGUAAUACACUACAUGGCCAAAAGUGUGUGGACACCUGACCAUCACACCCAUAUAUGGUUCUUCCCCCAACUGUUGCCACAAAGUUGGAAGCACACAGUUGUAUAGAAUGUCUUUGUAUUCUGUAGUAUUAAGAUUCCCCUUCCCUGGAACCAAAGGGCCCAAAGCUAUUUCAUCAUGACAAUGCCCUUGUGCUCAAAGCGAGGUCCAUAAAGACAUGGUCUGCCAAGGUUGGUGUGGAAGAACUCAAGUGGCCUGCGCAGAACCCUGACCUCGACCCCACUGAACACCUUUGGGAUGAAUUGGAAUGCUGACUGACCUUCCUAAUGCUCUUGUGGAUGAGUUGGCACAAACCCCACAGCCAGCCUGUUUUAAUGCCCAUGGUUUUUGAAUGGGCACAUAUGGAUAUGAUGGUCAGGCAUCCACAUAUUUUUGACUAUAUGGUGUAUUAAAGAUGCAAAUCACAUACCCUUAAAUUUCAUAUUUAAACCUGUUCUCUAGAUACACCACUGAAUUUUUGGGAUCUGUUUGCAGUUUAAUGCAAGUGUGGCCUCAGUGUUGGUUCAGUUUAAAAGACAAAUUUGGAUUUUUUUUUGUGUGUUCCAAGCUGUGUUUCACUGCCUUCCGUACUCUCCCUGUCUGUUAUCCAGUUUGUGUGUUCAGUCAGUAACUGACCUGUUCUGUCUUUCUGUCUUUGACUCAGUGUGUGCCAUAAUUGUGUCUCUGUAAGUGUGAAAACAUGCAUGUGUGAGCACAGGUGUCAACUGUAUGCAUGCGUUUGCGCUUGAUUGUGUGUGUGUGUGUGUGUGUGUGUGUGUGUAUAUGUAUGGUGUGCUUUCUGACCUAAUUUAAGGUACACUUAUUUUCUUAUUUUCUGCAUGCUUUUCUUUUCAGUACAUAUUUAGUGUGUUAGUGCCUGCAUUUCUUUAUUUCUUGCCAUUCCAAGUUAAAUAUUUCACACCUUAAGGUACUAGGUUAUAGAACUCCCCAGUCUUUCUGAAGUGUACAGAAAUUCUCUGUAUUUGUUAUUGUCUUUUCUUUGUGAAAAGGAACCUAAACGUAGAAUUCUCUGAGUGUGUAAAAUGUCUUAUUCUCUGAGCAGAGUCAGCUCCCUCUUCCCGUAAACCCCUAAACAGCCGAAAUCUCAAGUCAUUCACAGUCAUGUUUGGGAGACGUGUGUGAAAUGGAUAACAUUUAGCUUUUUUUUUAUUGUAUUUUCUGCACUGCAGGAAGUUUGGAUAAAUACAGGAUCAAAACAACAAAAUAUGUGUAUAUAGUAAUGGGGGGAGGGUGUAAAUACAACAAUUUGAGGUAUGUUAUUAAAUGAUAAAAAAUAAAGAAUGAGUGAUAGUUGCUUGGGUUCUAUUAUGACUCUUUUGUAAUAAAUAUAGUGCCCAAUUGAA